AUGUCCACUGAAUGGUCCCUAGACUUCUGCCUGGUCUGUGACCGCCAGACAGCGGGCGGUCCCUAUUGCUCCCAAACCUGUCGGCUCGCCGAACUGGAUCGACCCGCCCCCGAGGAUCGGGCAUCCGGCCCCUCCAGAUCGCGCCCGGCCGCCCAUUCGCGUUCGUCCACCCUCGACUCCACCGUUGAAUCCCGGGCGCGGAGCCUGUCCGCCUCGUCGUCGCAAACCUCUCUCUCCUCCCUCCGCAGUCACGCCUCCCAGUCCACCCUGUCCGGCCAGCUUCAGGAUGAGCUGAGGGACUACGCCAGCUGCUUCGAUCCCGUCCGAGAUCUCAAACGACGGCUGACCACCGCAUAA